GUUAGUCAUGUUGUUACUAAAUUGUUACUAAAUUUCUUCAGCUUUAAAACUUUUUAUGCAGGCAGCCUAAUUCCAUACAACUUCCUUCUGUAAUCUUCACACAAAUGCCACAGUUUCUAUUUGGCUUGCUGCAUAUUACUAUAGCAGCAAUACCUGUUUUACUGGCUUUAGGAACAUUCCUAGGCGGGGCAAUGCUGUUUUAAAGAUGACCUGAGAGCAGAGAAACAGUGUUACGUGAGGCUUUCUUUCUGCUGAGGAUUAAUAAUGCUGAAACCAAAUUUAUUCAUUUCUUGGUCACUAAUUUAUGCUGGGCUACUUUUGACAUCAGAAGCACUUUCAUAUCAAGCAAUAGGACAUGAGCAUGAAAUCGUCAUCCCUAAGAGAAUAUUUCAGAAAGAAAAACGUGAUAUUCAUCAAGAGGAUAACUCAAGGAAGGAGCAGUCAGACGAAGAAGUGUCUUAUCUAAUUAAAACCAAGGACGACAACUAUAUUUUGAAAUUAUACAAAAACAGUGACCUACUCAGUAAAGACUUUGUCCAUGUUAUAUAUAAUAAAGAUGGAAAACGGAUGAAGACCAAACCCCAGAUAAAGAACUUCUGUCAUUACCAUGGAAUUGUUGAUGGUAUUGAACACUCUAUGGUUGCAAUUAGCACAUGUGAAGGACUGAGGGGGAUCCUCCAUGUUGGACAAAAGCGUUUGGGAAUCAAGCCUUAUGAAUUGUCAGAAGACUAUGAGCACAUUAUUUAUCCAUUAGACAGUACAGAAAGGCAGCCUUUUGUUUGUGGAGUACCACACCACUCCCUCUACAGCGACAGUGAAGCAGAACCAGUUGAUAUUCUACAGCAUGAGUAUAGCAUGACUGGCUUAUUAAGGAAAAAGAGAGCUGCUUUGCCUGUGACACGUUAUAUUGAAUUAUUUCUAGUUGCUGAUAAUGGAAGGUACCUGCUUCUGCAGUCGAAUGUGACUGCUGUACAGAAUGAAAUGGUCCAGCUAGCUAAUGCUCUUGAUGGGAUAUUUAUGCAGCUAAAUGUUCGAGUCAUAUUAGUUGGAGUGGAGACGUGGACAGACAAUGAUAAAAUUGUUGUGAAUAAUGGCUCAGCUGGUGAUGUCCUGGGACGUUUUGUUGCCUACAGGGAAAAAAACAUUGUUCCAAUAAAGCGCAAUGACAUAGGACACCUUGUAGUAACAAGAGGAUCCUAUGGUGGAGUUGUUGGAAUGGCCUUUGUUGGCACAGUUUGCUCGAGUACACUUGGAGGCUCAAUUGGAACACUUGCUGAUAAAAAUGUGGAAAUUUAUGCAUCAGUAGCUGCUCAUGAAAUAGGACACAACCUUGGCAUGAGUCAUGAUGACAGCAUCUGUAACUGUAAAUGCAUUAUGUGCAGCAGUGCAACUAACUCAAGGAAUUUUAGUGACGCAAGUGCAAAUGAUUUUCAGAACCUCAUAGACAGAGGAGGAGGAUCAUGCCUCUUAAAUAUUCCCCCGCCUCAAGAUGUUUAUACUGAACAAGUCUGUGGGAAUAAUAUUGUUGAUCCUGGAGAAGAAUGUGACUGUGGCACACCCCAGCAAUGUACCAAUCCCUGCUGUGAUGCAGCCUCAUGUAAAUUCAAAGGCAGAUCAGUUUGCGCUGUUGGACUUUGUUGUGACAACUGCCAGUACAAGGUGGCAGGAACACCCUGCAGACCAGCUGCUGGACCUUGUGACCUUCCUGAAUACUGCAAUGGCACCUCAGAAUAUUGCCAGCCUGAUGUCUAUAUACAGAAUGGAUAUAUGUGCAACACCAACAACUCAGCAUAUUGUUUUGAUGGAGUGUGUGAGACCUAUGAUUUACAGUGCAAUCAGUUAUUUCGCUAUAACGCAGUAAAAGCAGCAGAUGUUUGCUAUCAAGUGCAAAAUGCAGAAGGAGACAAAUAUGGAAACUGUGGAGGAAUCAACGUCAAAUGUUCAGGAGAAAAUGUCAUGUGUGGUAAACUUCAGUGCACCGAUAUCAAUUUACAAGAUCUUCCAUCUGGUGCUGGGGUGAGUCUGACAACGAUCGGGAAUUCUAAAUGUGCAAACGCAGCCUUUAACUUAGGAUCAGAUGUCCCAGAUCCUGGUUAUGUGAAGAAAGGAACUAGAUGUGCAGAGGGAAAGGUUUGCGCUAACUUUGCAUGUGUCAAUGCCAGUGUACUAGGCUAUGACUGUGAUGUACAGAAGAAGUGUAAUGGCCAUGGGGUAUGCAACAGCAACAAGAACUGCCACUGUGACAAUGGUUGGGCUCCACCUUCCUGUAAUACAGGGGGAUAUGGGGGCAGCAUAGACAGCGGUCCAACUCACAUUGACACUUCACUUCGAGAUGGCUUGUUGAUUUUCUUCUUAUUGGUGGUGCCUGUAUUGGCUCUCAUUAUUUUCCUAAUAUACUGGAAACGGCAGCCUAUUAAGAAGCUAUUGUUUGGACCCAAGAAAACACCUGAUCGGUACAGGGCAGAAAAUAAUGUGCAACAUACGCCAAAUAGAAACCAGCCACAAGUCAAUAAUCCAAGAACCAAUCCUACUCAGACCAACAAUCAAAGAAGUUUUCCACCUCAGUUCAAUAAGCCUGCCACAUCAACAAAUGCAAACAGCAGAGGAGUAUCAAAUGGUCCUACCCCAAGAAUUGACCAGAUAAUGACAGCUCAUGAACAAUACCUAAAUACUGACAUUCCAGGAAAUGCUCCCCCAGUGCCUACAAGACCGAAUAAUCCUUUGCCUAGUAACAGACCACCUGUUCCAGAAAGACCUUACUUUGGGAUACCAGACGUAUGAAUGAUUUACAUGAAAAGAAUAAAAAGUAUGCAAAAUGAUAUGCACAGCAGUGCUUCAUCUGCACACCACAGCUGGAUACAUAAAAUCUAGUUUAAUAAAUUACUUAAAUGAUAAUACAUUUUCUCUGGUAUGCAUUUGAAAUGCUUCUGAUUCUUAACAUGUUCUGUGGAGAUUGCUAGAAUUAUUUGCUGCAGUUUUGCUACAUAUUUGUACCUCCCUUAAUAUGUUAUUUUUCUUUAUUUUAUUUUAAUGCUUUUUACAUCCCUGUUAUUGAUGCAGAGGUAUGCCAUGAAAUCUGUGUAUGCUUCCUAUGUAAGUGAUACGCUUUGGGUUCUGUUUUAACAGCUGUGUACUUACUGUAGUUAGCAUCAUGUGGGUCAAAAAGUAUUUAUGGUUAUUUCUAACAACAGAGCUGGUUCAAGUCAGACUCCAGCUUUACAAAAGUUUUUAGAAAUGCUUAAAAUAUUACCUUCACAUGGUUUGGGAUUUUCCUUAUGGUCCUCAAGGCAAGAAUCCCUAGCUUUUGGUUAAUAUCACCACCAUCAUCUAAUAGACAGACAGUAUUUGUACACAAUAUACAUGCAGCCUUAACUCUUGUUAUAUCUUCUUCCCUGUCCCACAACUUCUCCGUACCAAGUAACACCAGAGUGCAUUUAUACUAAUGCAGGGUAACACAUAAUGACUCCAUAUUCAUGCUGCAGCAUUCCAGUAACUAUUUGUGCAGUUAAGGAAACUGCACUGUACAACAUAAAUUACUUAUAGGGAAAUGCUGUAUAUUCCAUGACCUUUAAAGAACACUUUUAAACUUCAGCAUAAAUGAUAAAUAAUGUAUCUGUGUUGUUACAUUUUACUUAAAAGAACUUUUAUUUCAAGUCUAUUGUUUAUUUUCUAGAUAUCUGGCACAUGUUGGUAAUACAACCAAAACAUGCGCAUAGCAUGUUUAGAAUUUCUUCUGCCUUUCUUUUAUACUUUACAGUACCUUAAUUUAUGGCAUUGCAUAAAUGUUCACCUUUAAUAAAAUAAUUGUCACACUUAAUACAGCAAAACUGUAGUAAUCAGAUGAAAGAGCAAUUUCAAAGGUCUCUGAAAUGACUGUUUUAUUGACAGUAUUUGGUAGCCAUACUAUUGAAAUGAUUAAAGCAAACAGGUUAAAAUACAAUGCUAAAAUCGAGUGUAUUUCCACUUUAAAAUUAUUUUAGAUGUUUGUUAUGUAAGGGCUAUUAUUCUUUUAACUUAUUCCUAUGACACAAAAGAAAAAAUAGCUACUGUAUGCAAAAAGCACGCAAGCUAAGUUAUUGUACCCAAUUUGCUUCCCUCCACAGUCAUUUGACAAAGAAACCUUCUUUAUAUAAUUAUACAUGAUAAAUGCUCCGUGCAUUGCAGUGGCACACUACGGAUCUUAUGUUUGCAAAUAUGACUUACUGAACAUGAUCUUUUUAACUGAUGGCCACUUUUGCUUAGUCAAUGAAAACUGUGUGGUUGUCGUUUAAUCAAGUCUAACUUCCUUAAAUGGUAACCAUCUGCUUUUUUUUUUUUAAUUUGUCCUGAAAUUAUGCCACAUGACUAGAAUUACAAGUAUGUUAGUGGCUUUUACUUAGGUUUAAAGUGUAGUCAGUUUUGAGUAUGAGUAAAAUAACUUCACCUGUCUGGUGUAAUAAAAGUGUAGUAAGUGAGGUGCUAUCAGAAACUGAAUAAUAUCUAGCUAUAAAUUAGACCACUGACUCAUUAUAUAAAGCACAUUCCACUAAUUUCCUCAACAGGAAAUACUCAAAGAUGUUUUCCAUUAUUUGGUAUCUAAAUAGUUCCUUUGUCUUCCUUGUUUGAUUGCAUCCCUGCUUCAACUCGUUUGCCAUGAUUUUGUUUCAAAGAAGAUAAUCAAUGCUUCAGAGUGUCUUUGUCAUCUUAUAAAAGGCUGCAAUC